AACAAGGCGGAAUUCUCUCAGUGUAAACUAAGCAUGUAAAGAGGACUGAAGGAUGUAUGCAAGUAUUUGGAUGUAAAUUUCCUUCUGUUUUCCAUGAAAACUUCUAGGAACUAAUAUUUUGUUUUACGCAUAUCUUACGCUAUUGAGGAUGCGUAACUGCUUGCGACAGUGUGUUUUGGUGACGGUUUUGUUAACUUUCCCGGCCCUUGCAGCCCCCCAGGAUGAUGUUCCCCCCGGGGCUGCUACACUGGCCUUUGUGUUCGACAUAACCGGGUCUAUGUAUGACGACUUGGUUCAGGUCAUCGAUGGGGCAGCUAAAAUUAUGGCUACAACGCUCGCCCGUAGAGAUAAACCUCUAUAUAAUUAUGUACUCGUACCAUUCCACGAUCCAGAUGUUGGUCCUAUUGUGAUAACGAAGGACCCUGAUGAAUUCCAGAGUGAGCUUCGUAACCUGUACGUCCAGGGUGGCGGGGAUUGUCCGGAGAUGAGUGUGAGGGCGAUCAAAGAGGCGCUGGACGUGUCCCUCCCUAACUCCUACAUCUAUGUGUUCACGGACGCCUUAUCUAAGGAUUUCUACCUUGGAGAGGAGGUCCUAGCCCUCAUACAGCAAAAGCAGAGCCAGGUUGUGUUCGUACUGACGGGGGAUUGUGGGAAUCCGCUCAGUCCCGGAUAUAAAGUCUACGAGAGAAUUGCUUCCACCAGUUCCGGUCAAGUUUUUCUGCUCAAAAAAGACCAAGUCAAUCAGGUGUUAGAGGUUGUCCGUCUGACUGUUAAGGCCAGGAAGGUGAACCUAAUGUCCGUGGACCAGGAGAGAGCUAACUCCCAGUUUAUACAGAUUCCUAUCGACUCCAGGCUCCAGGAGUUCACCGUAUCUCUUAGUGGCUCAAACCCAAAACUCCGACUCUACAACCCUAAAGGUAUUCAGACACCAAAACUCAAACUCUACAACCCUAAAGGUAAAAGUUCACUGUGUCUCUUAGUGGCUCAAACCCAAAACUCCGACUCUACAACCCUAAAGGUAAUCACAUUAAACAGAAAGUUCAUUGUGUCUCUUAGUGGCUCAAACCCAAAACUCCGACUCUACAACCCUAAAGGUAAUCAGACACCAAAACUCAAAGUCUACAACCCUAAAGGUAAAAGUUCACUGUGUCUCUCAGGGCUCAAACCCAAAACUCAGACUCUACAACCCUAA